AUCCCAGCAUCAAUGCAAAAACUUGUGCUUGACCGCAUCCACGAAGGACACCAAGGCAUCACAAAAUGCCAACUUCGAGCCAAAGACUCCGUGUACUGGACUUCAAUCAACAAGGACAUUGAAGAGAUAGUCCAGCAGUGUCCCACAUGCCAAGAAACGUCAAGGUCGCAAACAAAGGAAACCCUCAUCCCGCAUGAACUUCCUACACAACCAUGGCAAUAUGUUGGAACAGAUCUUUUCCAUUAUGGAGAAAAUGACUACCUGAUUGUUGCUGACUACUACUCAAAGUUUCCAAUUAUCAGAAAAAUGCCCAUACACGUUACAAGCACGGCUGUGAUCAAGGCAUUGAAGAAUUUGUUUUCUGAGUAUGGAGUCCCUGAAAGAGUAUAUAGUGACAAUGGACGUCAAUACAGCUCUAAAGAAUUUGUUAAGUUUGCUUCGAACUGGGAGUUUGAACAUAUAACAAGCUCACCCCACUAUCCUCAGUCCAAUGGAUUCAUCGAGAGGACUGUUCAGACAGUCAAAAACACCAUCGAUAAGGCAAAAAGAAGCAACCAGGAUCCGGAUAUGGCAUUGUUAACCAUACGUACCACACCACUGGAUAGCAAGUUGCCAAGCCCAGCAGAACUUCUAAACGGGAGGAAGAUGAGGAGCAAUCUACCCCUUCACCUGCCUGCAAAGGAAAGGCAGAAACAAGAAGUCUAUGAGAACUUCAAGAGGAAGCAAGACACACAAAAGCAGUAUUAUGACCGAGGAGCAAAAGACCAACAGAUACUCCUACCAGGCCAAGCUGUUCGAGUUCAAGACCACAUAACUGGAAGAUGGACACCCGCCACAGUCAUUGAGAAAUCCCAAGAACCUCGAUCCUAUAUAGUGGAGACACAAAAUGGAGGUAUCUUGAGAAGAAACAGGCGGCACAUCAGGCAGACACCACAGCCCAGGUAUCUAAUUCCAGAAGAAGACCAUCAAGUAAUUCCAGAAGAAGACCAUCGAGAAGAGUCUACUGAAACAACAGUGAAUAUGAAUAACAAUGAAGAUCAUGUAGGCAAAGCUCUUAAAGUAGUGCCUCAAGAACAAGAAUUGCCCUAUGAAGGCACAAGAACAAGAUAUGGCCGUACCAUCAAGAAGCCCAAUAGACUGAACUUGUAAUCAGUUCCAUUCUCUAUAGUGUGUAUGUGAAAUGCUUUAUAGUGUUAAGGAAAGUGCUAUCAUAAUGGCCAGUAUACUAACCUGAUUCUCAAAACAAGGUGCUAUGUUCCUACCUGAUUCUGUAUGAAAAUGACUGAAAAAGGUGCUAAUUCUCAUUUUACAUGUCUGUGAACUACAAAGCAUUCUCAGGUGCAAUCUCAGUUACCCAACUUAAGAAGCUCAAUGAAUGUCAAACUAUAUUUUUGAUACACUUCAGAUUCUCGCAUAUUUUGUAACUAACUACCAAACAUUAUAUCUCAUAUAUGAUAAGAAUCUAACCCCAUUUUCUUUUGUUUCUUGAAAGAGAGGGAUGUCAUAUGAUCAACCAUAAUUAUCUCAUUUAUAAUUAUGUGCUUUAUAUAUUUUAUAUUAUAACUUUAGUAACGUAUCCCUCUAUACAUUUUGCAUGCGUACGUAACCCUUAUGUAAACAUCAGUGUUGUACACUCCUCCAGAAUAUACUCGUGUAGCUCAGCAGA